AUGACACGAAAGACACUUCUUCAGUUCGGUCUCCCCUCCCCAUUACGAGAGGAAAGAUUUAUUUUCACCAAUCGUCAAUAUCUGAAUGAAUUGGCUUAUGACACUACCUAUUUGAAUGAAUUUGUAGCUGAAAAUGUUCCUAAGUUAAACUUAGAACAGAAAAAAGUUUACAGUAAAAUUUUGAAUUCGAUUAUUUCUAAUUCUGAGCAAUUAUAUUUUCUUGAUGCUCCAGGUGGCACUGGAAAAACUUUUUUAAUCAAUUUGUUGCUCUCAAAAAUUAGAAGUAAGAAAAAAAUUGCUAUAGCUGUUGCUUCCUCAGGAAUUGCUGCGACUUUGAUUGAUGGAGGCAAAACAGCUCACUCUGCAUUUAAAUUACCUCUAAAUUUGUGUCAUUCUGAGUCCCCACUUUGUAACAUCUCUAAACAAAGUGAUAUAGCUCAUGUACUAAGAGAAACAAAAAUAAUUAUCUGGGAUGAGUGCACAAUGGCUCACAAAAAAGCUAUUGAAGCUCUGAACAGAACGCUCCAAGACAUCAGAGGUUGCAACCAACUUAUGGGAGGAGUAGUUGUUCUCUUGGCAGGUGACUUCAGACAAACAUUGCCUGUUGCACCACGAGGAACACGCGCUGAUGAAAUUCAAGCCUGUAUCAAGUCAUCCUUUUUAUGGCCUUCGGUAAAAGUUCUAUCUUUGACUAUCAAUAUGCGUGUUCAUCUUCAACCACAUCCACAAGCUGAGAAGUUUUCGAAAGUACUCAUUGACAUAGGUCACGAUUUAAUCACCUUGACUGAAAAAAUAUACCCGAAUAUUGACAAGGCUGGAGAAAAUUGCAGUUCAUGGUUAAAAGAGAGAGCUAUUCUCACUCCAACUAAUGAACAAGCUAAUUCUAUUAAUAACUUUUUACUGGAGCAACUGCCAACUGAGCAAGUAAGAUAUGAGUCGGUAGACACAGUAAUGGAGGACGAAGACGUUGUUCACUACCCUGUAGAGUUCUUACGUACUCUUAAUCCACCAGGAAUACCUCCUCAUGUUCUUCAUCUCAAGAUUGGCACCCCAAUAAUGUUGCUCAGAAAUUUAAACCCUCCAAAAUUAUGUAAUGGAACUAGGCUCCAAGUCAAGAUCUUACACAAAAAUGUUAUUGAGACCACAAUUAUCACCGGAAAAUAUCAAGGAGAAACUGUAUUCAUUCUAAGAAUUCCGUUAAUUCCAUCAGACUAUCAUUUUGAAUUCAAAUGUCUGCAAUUUCCUGUUAAAGUUUGUUAUGCUAUGACAAUUAAUAAAGCACAAGAGCAGAGUUUGAAGAUGGCUGGAAUUGAUUUAAGAAAUGAUUGUUUCUCUCAUGGUCAACUUUACGUGGCAUGCUCAAGAGUAAGUUCACCUGACAACUUAGUCAUUCUUCAGCCAAUUGGAAAAACCAAAAACGUCGUGUAUAAAGAAAUUUUAAGUAUUUAA